CGGCUUCCUAUUCAUUUCGAUUUAACAAGUUUACGCGACAACAUCCGACAGUGUCCGAGUCCGAGUUCCGUGCUUCCGCCGUCUGCACCCGAUCCAAGCCAAUCGAAGAGUCCCGGAGUGCGCGCUACCGGAAGAACCGAAAAGCGGAGAAGCCCGCCGACGUGAUUCGACGCUGUAAUAAUCGUAUCUGUAAAUACAGGAAUCGCUUUGUAAAAUGCUCGCGAGAAUAACCGUCGCCCUGCUCGUCGUCGUGUCCCUCUCCGGCUUCCGCGACGUUUCGGCCGACCUCCCGGAUUUCGUUACCCCGGAAAUCAUCGAAAUGGUGCACGACGACAAGAUCCGAUGCAUGGACAAGUUCGGGACCGACCAAGGAAUGAUCGACCAAGUGAAUACCGGAACCAUCCUGAACGAUCCGAAGCUCACUUGCUACAUGCACUGUCUCUUCGAGUCGUUCGGCGUGAUCGACGAGGACUCGGGCGACUUCGAGUACGAGAUGCUGUUGGGUUUCUUCCCGGACGAUAUUCAGGCCCAAGGACGCGAUAUCCUCUCGAGCUGCGCUGAGCAAGACGGUGCCGAUCUCUGCGACAAAGUUUACAAAAUCGCUACCUGCAUCCAGGCCAAAGCCCCGACCAUGUGGUUCAUGCUGUGAGCGACGAGAAUCGAGUGCCGCAACGAAGUCGAAGGAGACAAAAACGAGGGAGAGCGAGCGAGAUGAAGGUCGAGGGGGAGCGGGGCACGAGGAGCGGAGGAAGCGGCGCGGUACAAAAUAAUACGAUUUCGGUCCGGUCGUCCACCAUUUUUCAUCGUUGCGAGCCACCCGAGGAAUCUCACUUGCGAGCGGUUAUGAAACGACGAGCAAGUUCACAUUUAUAUUUACAAUUGGAAGUAAAACUUUGAAUUAUCUUGAGCAAAGAGCGAGUAGCGCGCGAGGAAAAAACCUCAAAGACAAUCCACGUCGAUAGAAUUAACGCGAGGAAUCAAAAAAGACAACAAAACUCGCUAACGAUCGAGCCAACACUCAUUAGCAUUCCGUAACAACCUCGGACUGCGAUCGAGAGGCGUGUCUAGUUGACCUUCGCACGGAAUUCUUAUAUUUUAAUCACUCAUUAGCAGUCUCACUGAAAGGGAGAAAAAAAUCGAGAUCAAAAUAAUAAGGAAAACUAAAACAAGAAAAAGCUGCACAAUCGGUCAAUCGCUUCCUCCCGAGGAAUUUCAGUGUCGUAAGUUUAGCCUUGAAAUAAAGUGACGAAAAAUCCAA